AUGACCCGGAGGGUGAUGACCAUCCUGGCUUUGAUAUACCGCCAGCGUGGCCUGGUUACGUACAGAGUCCUGCUGAAGAAGGCAAAUACUGGUGUAUUCGACAUCGAUAUAUCGCGAGGUUUGCCAACGACCAUCUAUCUUUCUGCUGGCCGGGCGGCUCUUGGCAUGCCAAAACUGAACUGCAUGGCAUUGUGGACGAUGGGUUCUGGAGUAGUGCAUGAGUUUGACUACGAGAUGGUAGAAGGAGCAGCGAAGGUCAUCUGA